AUGAUGCGAGCGGACAAUCCAGACGAUGCGCUGGGCACAUCGGCGCCUCCGCAGAUCGAGCAGUUCCUCGCACACACCAACCGCCUGCAGCAACGAUACCAGGCGUUCCUCGACACCACCACCCCCUACCCGCUCCAUCGAUGGGGCGCCACCGCUGGCCUGCUCGUGCUCUUCAUGCUUCGCAUCGUCCUGUCGCAGGGGUGGUACAUCGUGUGCUAUGCGCUCUUCAUCUAUCUGCUCAACCUCUUCCUCGCGUUUCUCACGCCCAAGUUCGACCCGUCGUACGAACAGGAUCUGGCAGAACAGGACGUCGAGGAGGGCGAACCGGGCCUUCCCACGUCCAACUCCAAGGGCGCCGCUUCGGGAGGCCUGAUGAGCGGCGUGUUUGGAAGCAGCCUCAACGGUCAGUCGGCAGACGACGAGUUCAGACCCUUUAUCCGUCGCCUGCCAGAAUUCAAGUUCUGGCUCUCGGCUACCCAGGCAGUCGUGCUGUCGCUCUUGGCAACCACCUCGUCCGCCUUUGACAUCCCCGUCUUCUGGCCCAUCCUCCUCAUGUACUUCUGCAUCCUCUUCACCAUCACCAUGCGCAGGCAGAUCCAACACAUGAUCCGCCACAAAUACGUCCCCUUUGAUCUCGGGCGCAAGACCGUCUAUGGCCGCAAAUAG